AUGUAUGCUUCUAGCCUGCUUGCUCGUUUCAUGCAUUGCCCUACAAAUAAGCACUAUGAAAUUGCUAAACGAGUGCUAAGAUACAUUAAGGGGACUCUAGACUAUGGUCCAAAGUAUGUAAAAGGUAAGAAUGCAAUGCUGAUUGGCUUCUGUGACAGUGACUGGGGAAGAUCAAUUGAUGACAGCAAAAGCACCUCCGGAUAUGCAUUCUCCUUUGGCAGCGGUGUUUUCUCUUGGGCUUCAGUCAAGCAGAAUUGUGUGGCACUGUCCACAGCAGAAGCAAAGUAUAUAAGUGCAUCUGAGGCUACUGCACAGGCCAUUUGGCUUAGAUUCGUGUUAGAAGACUUUGGAGAACUUCAGAUAGAAGCAACUCCAUUGCAGUGUGACAAUACAUCUGCAAUUGCCAUCACUAAAAAUCCUGUGUUUCAUCAGAAGACAAAGCAUAUUGAUUGA